CCAAAUGAAAAUGGCUGAAGACAAACACACCAUCAACAUCAAUAAUGACUCCUAAGUAUUAAGUACCAUUUCUUCACAUACUACUAAUAUGAAUGGAUUCUAAGUUGGGGGCUGAAAUAUUGUUACUUAGUUGUGUUUAAAGAUGCCUAGACGUGAUGAUGUGACACGCUUUAUGCAGCAGCUAUUUGACCAGCGUGUGGUGUCUAAAUUCAUGACGAUCAAGCCAAAGGUCCUGGGGGUUUUGGAAAUAUCAAUAGGUAUAGGGAUGAUUGUCUUAACAAUCUGGACAGGAUUUUUGUAUCUCCUCUGGUCAUGUCUAAUUUCAGUUUUAACUGGAUCUGUGACAGUAUCAGCCGCAUGCAAAUGUAACGCAUUUAGGGUCAGAAUCUCACAAUUUCUAAACUGUUUCAAUGCCAUCGCAUCUGGUAUCUCCAUCCCAUUUCACUUACUUGACAGUGAUGGUGUGACUCUUAUUCUCUUGGUUGUCUGUGAUGUUCUGGUCUUCAUCAUCUCUGUUAUCGUUACCUCAUCUUCUUGUGAUUGCUGCAGGAUGAAGUUAAGACACGUUGCAGUCAGUUACAUAAACAGAGAUGUGCCUUACAUGAUUGACAACAAUAUUGUGCUUCGGGGCCAACAAGACCCUUUUGCACCUCCAACAAACUACGUUCCAAGUCCUUCAGCAUCUCCAGCAUACUACUCUGCACCUCCACCAAAUUAUGAUACAGUCCCAUCUGCACCUCCACUAAAUUACGAUCCAGGUCUUUUUGAACCUCCACCAAGCUACAAUCAAGUCCUUCUGCACCUCCAGUGAACUAUAAUCAAGGUCCUUUCGACGUUCAUUCAAACUAAUAGGAAAUCAAUGGGUAAUUUCUAGUCUGUUGAUGAAAUCAGUUGAAUGGAGCUCCUUAUUCACUUUCCUGGAUAUAAUUUACAAAUUCAACCACAAGUCUCAUGAUAACACGUUUAAAGGCCCA